GCAUAUAAAUUGUGUGCAACCCCAACCACAACCACAAAAUCUUUCCUUGCACUUUGGAGAUAGACAUAUCGUAAAGGCCAUGAUUGGCGAAGAAAUCGCCGUUGACCUUUCUCCCUUCAUCAGAGUUUACAAAGGCGGGCGCGUGGAGCGCCUCUUCGCAUCCCCGCGCGUCGCCCCGUCGUCGUCCGAAGACGACUCCGAGACCGGCGGCGUCUCCUCCAAGGACGUCACGAUCUCCGCCAACGUCUCCGCCCGAAUCUACCUGCCGAAACCGCCGGCCGCCGGGAAGCUCCCCAUCUUGGUGUACUUCCACUUCGGGGGGUUCUGCCUUGAGUCCGCCUUCUCCGUCCGCAACCACCGCUACCUGAACGCCCUCGUGUUGGAAUCCGGCGUCGUCGCCGUCUCCGUCGAGUAUCGUCUUGCCCCGGAGCACCCUCUCCCGGCAGCCUACGACGACGCCUUCGAGGCCCUCCGGUGGGUCGCCUCACACGACGCCGGCGAUCAAAACGGAGUUAUAGACUCACUCAUGCCCGUCUCUCAGAUUGUACAAAGACCGGCAUUGGACUCGUGGUUAGUUGACCACGGCGACUUCGGGAGAAUCUUCCUCGCCGGCGAUAGCGCCGGCGGAAACAUCGUACACAACGUCGCCAUGAGAGCCGGAAACCAGGGCAUCCCUGCGCUCGCGGGAGGGAUACUCUGCUUCCCGUACUUCUGGGGAUCAACGGAGAAGGGCGGGAAGCGGAGCCGGCUGAGUAAAACCUGGGAUCUCGUGUAUCCAGCGGCGGAGGGAGGAAUCGACAGCCCGAUGAUAAAUCCGACGGCGGAGAAUGCUCCGAGCCUGUCUGGAUUAGAUCGGUGUCCGAAGAUUCUGGUUUGCGUUGCAGAGAAAGACGAUCUGAGGGAGAUCGGAGUCCGGUAUGCGGGCGCGGUGAGGAAGAGUGGGUGGAAGGGCAAAAUCGACAUUUUGGAUGUUGAGGGUGAAGGACAUUGCUUUCAGGUUUUAAAUCCGGAUUCUGAGAAUGCCAAACGCGUCAUACGCCGUAUCGCCUCUUUCAUUUCGGCGUAAGUUGUACGGACUAGGGAGUAUAUAUGUAUAUGAUUUAACCAUAAAUUAAAUAAAACUUUAAAUAAAUUAAAUGUUCCGAA